UGGAACCUCAGCCAUGGUGGCCUUCUUGUUCUGCGGCCUGCUACUGGUGGCCUGUGGCUCUGUCACCUGGACCAUGUCAGAUACCGGAGAGUCCGGUGUCGACUUAGCAGACCGGCUUGACCUGGUUGAGAAGAUAGGCGACACGCACUCCAAAGUCCUGGAGAUCUGGAUGGAGCUAGGAAAACAACGGGAGGUGGAUGCCAGGGAGAUGCACGCAGUCUGCAGGGUACAGCCCUCAGCCAUGCUGGCUCCCGAUCAGCCACAGAUCACAGGCUUGGUCCUCUUCCGGCAGCUGGGGCCCAGCUCCAGACUUGAGGCCUCCUUCGAGCUGGAGGGCUUCCCAGCCGAGCAGAACACCUCCAACCGCGCCAUCCACGUGCAUGAGUUCGGGGACCUGAGCCAGGGCUGCGAGUCCACCGGACCACACUACAACCCGCUGGGUGUGCCGCACCCGCAGCACCCGGGAGACUUCGGCAACUUCGUGGUGCGCGAUGGCCGCCUUCGGAAGUAUCGCGUCACUGGCCUGGCCGCGUCACUGGCCGGACCGCACUCGAUCUUGGGCCGCGCUGUGGUGGUCCACGCUGGCGAGGACGACCUGGGUAAAGGUGGCAACCAGGCCAGCGUGCAGAACGGCAACGCAGGUCGCCGGCUCGCCUGCUGCGUGGUAGGCACCAGCAGCUCGGCGGCCUGGGAGAGCCAGACAAAGGAGCGCAAGAAGCGGCGGCGGGAGAGCGAGUGCAAGACCGCUUAAGCAUCACCCAGGGCCGCCUAGCCUAGCUGCUGCGCGCAUAGAUGCCUCCACACGCCCCUCUAGACGCCUCCAGUCAUCCUAGAGGACUCUGGUUGUCCUAGACUGACGCUUCCCAGACACCUCAAUCGCCUCUGUGCGCCCCACACUCUUCCACAUACCCCAGACACCUCUGUAUGGCCCAGAUGCCUCCAAGAACCUCUUCGGCCACCUUCACGAGCCCCAGACGUUCCCACGUGCCCUGGGCACUGUCCUCGGAGACCAGGACACUUUUUGUAACCUAGGAAUCCUUUCACGCCCUAUGCACUUCCACAGACCCAAACUCCUUCGUGCUCUAGAUCCACCUCGAACUCCUUUAUGCCCCAAGACAAUCCCACAAGCCCCUAGCAUCCCCUUUGAAACAGUCUUUGAGUUUGCUCCCAGAGAAUUCCGCGCUUACCCCCAGAGAUCGAAUGUGCGCAGAUACUCUCCUUUUACUCUGAGGACAUCCCAGUGGACCUUCGAUAGAACUCCCUUGGGGUGUUCUGAAAUAUCACCCACCCCACUUCCUUCUGCCCCCUUUUGUUUUCUUUCUGUCCCCUAGCACCCAAGACUCCUCUCUUCCCUAGAGACCUCGUUUGUCUUCCCCUUGUUCCUCCUAGGGCUCUGGGACCACCCUGACACACACACACACACACACACACACACACACACACACACACCCCUAAGAUUCCAUGUUCCUGAUCACCUCCUGUGGGGCCCCUGGUUCUGUUUUCAUCUGUUUCCCAUAUGGUGCCUGCACCCCAAGGAGAGCAGCUCCUCCGAGAGUAUUUGACAACCUUUAUGCUGCUCAUUAAAACCACAGCAAUUCAGUCCUGCA